AUGGGGAAUAACUCGCUAAUAUAUCUACUGCAAAACAACAUACCCAUCAACUGUUCGGUUUACUCAUUGACCAACGGCACCAUCAAAUUAUUAGACCACUACAACCAAACAUGGAACAAUGCAACCAAUCUUCAUAAACUUCUUCCGGCAUACUUUAUCACAAACUGUUCCAUUCCGCGUCUUAUUGAGUUGGUUUCCCAGCAAGAAAACCUGACUUCUCUGCACUACCACCAGAAUGGUAAUUCGUUGGGAAUCGAUGGAAGUCCCUACAAUGAACGAGACAAUGGUGACACAUUUAUAGCUCUUCUUUUCACAUUGUGCGGUUCGUGUGUUUCUUGUUGGAUGUUGAGUUUGCUAUUGUACUUGACCCCAAAGCAUCGAAGAAAACCAUGGUUGGCCCAAAUAACAACAAUAUUCUAUGCCAUUGUCACCAGUGUGUUACUUGAUAGACUCACAAAAGCGGCUGAAGUCGAGUACUACCAUGAUAAUUUGGACAUUAUAAAAUUGAACUGCAAACUCUAUGACAACAACGUUUAUCGAGUAUUGAUGAUUUUGACGCAAGCAUUCACUAUGCUGUCUUGGUUUCAAAUUAUCCAACGAUUGGUACGACUGAAGUACAAGUCAUUUACCGCAAUAGUUAAUUUUAUACUCAUGGGAACAUACAUUGCCAUUUACACAUAUUUCCAAGUAACGUUCACUACAAGAGACUAUAUAACUCAUGAAAUGCAAGAUUUCACUUUGUACCACCGUUGGGAUAUUGCCGGCGUAACGCUGCGGCUACUUGUUGCAUUUUGGUUUCUUGGAGUGCUUGCUUAUUACACGACAGUCAUGAAGAAUCCACGCAAAAUCUGCUACUCAAAGAAGUUGUUACCUUUAGCAAUUUUAGUCUGGUCUUUAUUCAUCUUGGACAUUGUCAUCAAUAUUCUUCAUGUUUCCCUAUUUCGAAUGAAGUGGUUGGUGAGAACAUGGUUAGUCCUCAUUCCCUAUUUGAUUGAAAUCAUUUUGCUUACUGUCAUUUGGGAAUGGAUUUAUAACAUUUGGAUUCUUGAAAAGAGGUAUGAGCUUAUGAAUGUCCUAGGAAGGAGAAUAAGCUAUGAAGAUAUUGUUAGUUUUAAAAACAAUGACUCGGCAAAGAAGAGUUCCAAGUUGGACACUCUCUUAGACUGGGUAAUCAGUAAGAUUACUGGUCAAACGACAAUUAACCACGUUGAAGAAAGGUCAGACGAUAGCUUGAAAGAGUACUUCACGCUGACUAACUCUGAGGGGUCUGUGGCUAGAACAAAUUCGAUCCCCCUACAGGAUAGGGAAGAGAAUUUAAGCGUGGGCCAUACCACGCAAGAAGGAGUCGAAGGUGUUCAACUGUCUCAUGAUUCAGACCGUGCUGGACACGAUUUUCAUGAGAAUGAAGCAACGAGGCAAACUGAAGGUGAAGGCCGCAGUCAUGUAUUUGAUGGCGGAGAUAUGCAUGACAGUCAGGGUGUCUCUGGAGAGAUAGAUGAGUAUGACGAUCAGUAUGUAAACGAUUAUGACAUGUGGAGUGACGAAGGUGGGGAGGUAGAAUCCAGCGUGGACGACAAUUUCAGACAAAGAAGUGUCGACAGGAGAUCUAACGGUGGUGCUGGAAGGGGGUAG